AUGUCUACCACCAACACCAGCACCUUCAUCCCAGCACAAUCAACUGACAACAUCCAGCCAGUCAUCACUGCUGAAAAUGCCAAGUGGAUGGUCGAGGAGGCUGCCAGGGUUACAAUGCAGGCACUGAGAGGACUUCAGGGCUGGGAUGCUAAGCACUGGGGCAAAGUGGCUCAGCUUGUGUGGGCCCAGCUAGAUGUGGCCACCUUUCAACCAGAUGAUGACAGCAUGACAGGCCAAUGUCAUGCAGGAGCUUACUGGGCCUUCAUCGAAGGGCCAAGCACCAGGCACAGCUGGUGGAUAAGGGGAAGGGGAAAGAGUUGGGUAUGGAUGAGGCUCAAAGGAUUCAGCUUCUGGGAUCCUGAAGAUGCACCCACAGACACUACAGCUAGGACCACUGGAGUUGUGAACCAGAAGCUGGGAAAUGAGGAGGAUCAGAACAGGGAGAAGGCAUGGGGCCAUAGCCAGUCAAGACAUGGCUGGCCAGCAGCCAAGCCUGUUGAUGCCAGUGAUCAGACCAGUAGAGGCUGGAGCCAGUCAAAGAGACCAACGAAGAAGGUGAAACCAGCAGUCAACAAGGAUGUGCAGGACCACUCCAUUGACCAGUUCAACGAGCCAAACAUCAAAGGGCAACAAGCUGAAAUCAAUCUGCCAGUCCAUCCAAAGUCACAAGCCAUCAUUUGUCUCCUGGCCCACAGACUGGCUGCCCCAUCUCAUGCAAGAAGCAUUGCAACAGACCCACCCAUCACUCCAGCACCAACUACUACAAUUGGUGCCAAUGAUCUGUGCCAUUGUGACAAGUAUCAGGAAGAGGUUACCAUCCUCAAGUGGGAGAAUGCUGACAUGAGGCAGGAGAUAGAAGUACCCAUACUGAGCUUGCUGCUCUCCAUCAGGUGGCUACUUCCAACCCUACACUGGUACCUCACAUUCCAGUCAUGGUGGAACUUGGCACUGCAAGCUGGUGUUGUAGAGGUUCAAUCAUCCUGA